AUGCCCGACGAGCAGCACCUAUCCAUCGACACGAGCGCCGCGUCGGCCGCGAGCUCGGCGCGCCCGUCGCCCGUGACGGGGCUCACGACGUUCCCCAACCCGUUCGAGGACGAGCCCGAGCCGGGACUCUUACCGUCUCUGCUGUCCAAGGUCAAGUCGACGUUCUCGGCGACGCCCGCCAAGCCCGAGGCCAAGGCGCCCGCUCCGGAGGCAAAGGCCGGCCCGACCGAGGCGCAGCAGAUCGCGGUCGCCGCGCGCCGGCAGGCGGCCGCUGCUGCGUCGGCCGCGUCGUCGUCGGCGCCCGCACCGGCCCCGAAGCGCAGCGGGACGUCGCAGCUCAGCAUCCCAUCGGGGGACGCGUCGCCCGCCCACCGCCCCAGCCCGACCACCGGCGUCGGCGUCGCCGCCGCCCUGCCCCUGCCGAGCAGCACGGCAUCUCAGUCGCUCGCGACGCCGUCGACCUCGUCGAGCGCAACGCCGAGUGUGAAUUCCAGCUUGAGGACUAACCCCCAGAGAAGGCACUUAGUCCCCGGCGAGAGGAAUUGGCGGCCGGCGGGCGCUGCGCCUGCACAGGUUACGGUGUCGCCGGUGACGAGCGUCACGACGACAGUGCACUCAAAGCUAAAGGAGGACUCGGCGGCGCGCACACAUCCGCGGCUGCUUCAGUCGCAUGCGACGCUGCCGUCCAUCGAGGUGAACGCGCCGCCGCGGUUAAAGACGCUCAGCUCGAGUUCGCUGGGUGGGCCGAGGCUGCGCCGCGGCUCGAUCAGCACGAUCCCAGAUUCGCCGUCGUCCGUCUCCCUGUCGGCGAUGAUCUCGGCCAAUGCAGAGCUGAGUCAGAACAACUACAGCUUUGUCCCUGGCUUCCCGCUGCCUGCGGAAGACACGCGGAGCGUGCGGAGUCUUGGGUUUGUCAAGCGCCCUGGAAGCGUGAGCAAGAUUAUCCGCCGCAUGCGCGGAGAGGGGUUAAGCAAGCACUACUGGAUGGCGGAUGAGAACUGCAAGGAGUGCUACGACUGUAAAUCUGUGUUCACGACAUGGCGAAGAAAGCACCACUGUCGUAUCUGUGGCCAGAUCUUUUGUGGGCGCUGCGCGUCCAACAUUAUCGGCGCGCGCCGCUUCGGACAGGAUGGCAUGGUGCGCGUGUGUAACCUCUGCCUCAAGAUCAUGGAGGACUAUGACGACGACGAUGACAGGAGGUCGAUACACUCCAACAUGUCCAUCUUACCCGAUCGCGUUAGAUCACCGGAAAUGCCAUACUCGACGUCGCCGUACUCGCCUUAUGCGGCGAGCCAGAUCUUCCAGCGCCAGCCGAGCGAGUCGUUAUCGGCUAUCGACGAGUCGGCAGUGACGCGGUAUUGGCCCCGGGGGUCCUCUGAACUUCCCGAUAGACCGUUCACCCCAGAGGACACGUCCGACGCGUCGGAUAGCGAGGAGGGGCAUCUGUGGCACGGAGCACAGCCAGCGCCAUUCCGCCGCAUGAACGGGGAUGACAACUCGGAUGACCAGGGACACAGCAUGGCCUCGUCACAGACACCGAGCCUCAGCCCCGGAAUGGAGCUCCAGCAGCGGCGCCGGAUCGACUUCCCCACGGAGAUUGGACACGCGGCACCGCACAUUGCCUUCCCUCGCACCGAGACUAUGGAGUCGGAGGACGGCAGAUUCAUGUCCGACUCGAUGCACCAGCGCCUGUUACAGAGCAGGUUAACGUCCAUGGCGAGCACAGGCGGCCUGAACGCGCUGCUGGAUACCGACCGCAAGGACGGGCUGUGGCGCGCGAGGUCGUACUCGUUUGUCGCGCCAGGCGAGUACAUUUCCGGGCCUUCGCUCGCGCACUUCAACACAAUGCUCCGCCAGGCGCUGGAUCAGGAGAGCGUGCCACAUCCAAACGAGUGGCACAGAGUCCUCAGCCGGCUCCUGCUCCGCGUGUCGACCAACCUUAGACCGGCGAUCCGCGCGGGCGACUCGAUCGACGUGCGCACGUACAUCAAGUUCAAAAAGGUCCCUGGCGGCAAGAUUAGCGACUCGGAGUAUGUCGACGGUAUUGUUAUCACCAAGAAUGUCGCGCACAAGGCCAUGGCCCGCCGCUUAGUCAACCCCCGCAUCAUGGUCAUCACCUUCCCGCUCGACUACCAUCGCGUGGAAACCCAGUUCAUGUCGCUCGACCCGAUCCUGAAGCAGGAACGUGACUACCUCAGGCUACUCACCAACCGUAUCAUCGAUCUAAGGCCGCAUAUCGUUCUGGUAGAGCGCUUCGUCUCGCGCAUCGCCCUCGAGUUUUUGCACCAGGCUAACAUUGUCGUCGCACGUGGUGUCAAGUUCUCGGCAAUCCACCAGGUCGCGCGCUGCACACAUGCCGACAUUGUCAGCUCGAUGGACAGGCUGGUGUUAGAGCCAAGACUUGGGCGUUGUGCCGACUUUAGGGUCCAGACCUUUGAGCACGAGCUCAUCCCGGGUCGCCGCAAGACAUACAUGCGCUUCGAGGGGACACAUAAUGGGUUCGGGGGCACGAUUAUUCUCCGCGGCGAGGACCUCGAGACGCUGCGAAAGAUCAAGCUUCUGGCUGACUUUAAUGCCCUCGUCGCGUACCAUUUGAAGAAUGAGGCUUUCCUCUAUGGCGACGAGUUCCACAUGGUCCCGCCUCGCCCACCGAUGCCCCAGGAAUUCCAGGAGCUACUCGACCUGCUCACUCAAUACCGCGAGAAGGGCAUAUUCACCGAGAGAAGCAAUCCCCUCGGCACGCCGAUGGGCUCGGAGACGGACGACAAAGAGCGCGAGCGGCAAGAGGCCGAAGCGUUAACCAUCCAGAUCGCCGAGUCUCUCGAGCCAUACCUCACCACCAUUCUGUCCGCCUCCGUCGCGGUGCGCUUCCCGCCGCCAUAUGCCCUCGCCAAGAUGGCGGCAUUGGACCGCAUGCUCAACGAGCUAAGGCACAGGCGCGAUGAGAAGGAGGCAGAGGCUAUCCUGCAUGACGAGAAGCGCGAGCCGCAGUCCAAGGCUUUAAUCCCCGCGUCGCAGACCGCGGCUGCUAUCAUGGCCAAUGUGCAGUCUCCGAUCAAGGACCAGGCGCCCGCGUUGGUCGCUCCUACGCCAGUUGCUGCCACCCAGGCACCGGUGACCAUUCUUGUCGACGGCGAGGCGAAGCCUGCCGAGGCGGCUGAUCCGAGUUCGUUGCCCAAGGAUGGCGAGAGCACCCCUGCUACCGAGCAGCAGGCCACAUCGUUAUCCACAGCGCCUGUGUCCACAUCCCCGUCGACGACUGCACCAGCCCCCGCGCCUCCUGCCGUCCCGUCUGCGCCGUCUACCCCUUCACCGACACCUAUCCCUGCCACACCGACCACUAGUGCGACCACCAGCCAGAUCCUCACCCACAGCAAGGCUGGUGACCCGUACCGCGUGCUCUUGAACCCCAACGACUUCCUCGACGCCAGCCGGCUCGCAUUUGUCGAACAUGAGCACUCGCAGCAGCUAAAGAUUUGGCAACACUAUGUCAAAAAGAACCCCGGCCCACUACUACCCAAAAACUACCAGGGCAUUGUGUACAUCAAGUCGCUGUACCGCCAAGGACAGGACAAGCCAUGCGUCGAGCCCAUGCGUGCGCAGAUCAACUUCUACCAGGAGGACGACCAGACCCUCGGCCAGUUCCUCGGCUCCAUGGUCGCCAAUGCUGGUCACCGCUGCCCUAACAAGAACUGCGACCACCUCAUGUUGUUCCACUACGACGUGCUCGUGCACGGCGAGCGACGCCUCCAGGUCGUCAUGGAGCAGUUCAUGUGCCCUCUGGCCGGGCACGAGGAACACAUCCUCACCUGGAGCUACUGUCGGCAGUGUAACAAGAGCUGGGAGCCGACCGUCAUCCGAGAGGAGACAUGGCGCAUGUCGUGGGGAGCGUACCUCGAGCACUGCUUCUACCCUCCCCGCACGGCGACGGGGCUCGGCUGCGCGCACGACGCGUACCGCGAACACAUCCGAUACUUUGCGCACCACAACAUGGUGGUCCGUAUCCAUAAUGACUCGAUCGAGCUGUUCGAGCCGGUGCGGCCCUCGAUCAAGCUCAUGACCAAGCUCGAAGACAAGGUAGCCAUCCGAAACCAAGAGUACGAGAGUGCGCUGCAGAAGACGCAGGCAUUCUUCGACUCUGUCCUCUUCCGCCUACGCAGCUUCUCUGACGACCUGGUCGACCCCGAGAAGCUGCCCGGCAUGCGCAAGGACCGUGAUGCUCUUUUGACGCGUGCUGUGGCGGACCGUGACGAAAUGGUCAACUCGCUCAACAGGACCUACAAGCAGGCGCCGCCAACGGACGUGCUGGCCAUCAAUGUCGUGCUCCAGGCACUGCAGGACAAGGUCAUCCAGUGGGAUCUCGACUUCUUAGAGGUUGAGAAGCUUUACAUGCCUACAGAGAAGGACUUGCGUCGAAUGACGGCCACUCAUCUCAAGCGCCUCUUCGCCACACAGGAUGUUUUUGGCUCCCUGGAUAAGAACAUGGCGAGCAUCACCGUCCCCGAAGUGGACGAGAAGGAGAAGGGUGAUUCGGAACCGGGGGCAGCAUCCUCGAAGCCUUCGACUCCGGUUGAGGAAACCGCACCAGAUGUGGCGGGCAGCUCGUCAGAGCAGGUGGCGCAGGCGGAUGCUCCUGCAACCGAACCCCCGAGCACUCCUGUCGCAACGGACAGCAGCGUUGUUGCCUCGUCCGAGACCGCCACCCCAACUGCCACGCUCGUCAGAUCAGCCCCCAAUCCUGUUGCCGACGCCGACACUACGCGCGACUAUGACAGCGACUCGACGAUCUCUGCCAUCCCGCGCAGAUCACUCCCCAAGACCUUCACGCCCGUCGCCGACCGGCCAUCCAGUGGCAUUGACAGCGACGCCCAUCAGCAUGGCUUUGUCUCGCGUCUGCCGAGACGCGCUCGCCAACCUCCGAGCGUGGCUGAUCUUGUCAAGCGCUUCCAGGACUCGGUCGGGGGGCAGGAGUUUGAGCCCAUUCCCGAUGUUUUAAUGGAGCGUCCGAGAUCUGUGUCGGGAGCCCUGCGCCGGAAUCGCCACGAACGGUCCGAGGUAUCCGACAGUGACCUCGGCGGUGGCCCCUCUCGUCCUCGGUUACGUCGUGGACGGACUGGGGACCAGAGCAGCACUUCGAGACAAGGCAGAGACCCGCGUUCGAACCUGUUAUCUGAUGGCGACCGCAGCUAUGCGGUCAAUGCCUCCCGCAUCGUCUCGUCAGCCAAGCGCGGCGACCCAUCCAACUCUCGGGGCCGCUUAUCUCGAACGGCAUCCCCGUCGGGACUUCGUCCCAAGGACAUGUACCUCACUGCGCCUUCCCCCAGGGUCACCGUCUCGAAGACAAUGUCCACGGAAGGCAAGCCGAGAAUUGCGGGCAAGGGCAAGACGCCCAGAAAACCGUCCGAACCGCCGCUUUCUCUGGGUCAGGCUUCGCCCGCUACCAUUCGGCCAGUGCCUCGGCGCGUGGUUGGAGCCGGUUCUAGAGUCACGUCCAUCGCCCGACACUUUGACAAGCUGUCCCGCGAGGCGGAGCGUGAUCGCCAGAAGCGCAUAUCUGCUGCUCGCGGCAAGCGAGCUGGACGAGUUGGCGUCACCAAGGCCAAGGUGCAGUUCUUCAGCAACGUGCGCGACGCGUUCCGCGACGAGUUUGACUCGGACUCGUCUGGAGCCGAUAACGAGGAAGACGACGGCGACGCGAGUGACGUGAGCGUCGACUCAACGGGCCGAGCCAAGCCGCGUCGCAAGCAGUCGUCCCCUAGUGGUCCCCGGCCAGCGGUGCUGCCAAUUGUCCCCAUCGAUGGGGCUGAGGCUGGUCCCUCUGGCUCGAAGCCGCAGGACGUCCCAAAGCACGGGGACCAGAACAACUCGGCACUGGGCGUGUCCGCACCGAGUUCGUUUAUGAGCGAGUCGACCAUGGAGAGCCGCCGCCCCAAGGACCGCCUGCACAUCGAGCUCGCGCCAUUCGACACGAAUGCCCCACUCCCACCUCCCACGCCGUUACCUCAGCUCCCCACGACCGACCAGGACGAGAUCGGUACGCGCAAGGGCUUGUCUGCCCUCUCGCAAAUGUCGGAGAGCGAGAUGAGCUCUGGUGGUGGUGGCGAGCGAUCGUCAAUCCUCAAGACGUUGACUGGCCUGUGGGCUUUCCGCGCCGGCGACUUCACGCCGCUGGAAUACCCUUUAUCUGCCGCCGAGCACAUCUUCGUCGACUCGCGCGUCAUUGUGCGCGAGAAUGAGCCGACGAGUAUUAUCGCAUUCACGCUCAGCUCCAAGCCGUACCGCGACCAGAUGCGCACCAUGACCAACCUUGCGCGCGCGCGCCGGCACGAGCCGUCACACCUUGACGACAUGUCCGGCACGACAGACAGACAAUGGGACAUCAUCUCGGUCGACGAGGCGAUGGAGACGGAUGAUGUGUCGAGACGCGAGACGGGCUCGCACUUGAAGUACGAGUUUGAGACUGGCUCGUCGACCAUCUCGUGCCGUAUCUUCUUCGCUGAGCAGUUCGCCGCCCUCCGCCAGGCGUGCCAGUGCGAGGACAGCUUUGUCGAGUCGCUGGCGCGAUGCGCAAAGUUUGACGCGUCGGGCGGCAAGUCUGGGUCUGCGUUCCUCAAAACCAAGGAUGACCGCUUCAUUGUCAAGGAGAUCUCGCGGCUGGAGAUGGACGCGAUCACAAAGUUUGCGCCCGCAUACUUUGAGUACACCUCGACCGCGUUCCAGCGCGGCCGGCCGACAGCGCUCGCCAAGACGUACGGCAUCUUCAAGAUUGGCUUCCGCAACGCCGUCACGGGCCACUCGAUGCACAUGAACGUUCUUGUGCAGGAGAACCUGUUCUACGGGCGGCAGUUUGCCAAGAUCUACGACCUCAAGGGCAGCACGCGCAACCGCCUCAUCAAGCCAACGGGCAAGGUCAACGAGGUGCUCCUCGACGAGAACCUGAUGGAGCUGUCGUACACCAACCCGCUGUACCUGCGCGACCACUCGAAGCGCAUCCUCCGCACGGCGCUGUGGAACGACACGCUCUUCCUCUCCAACCUCAAUGUGAUGGACUACUCGCUCGUGGUCGGCGUCGACGUCGAGAACCAGCAGCUCGUCGUCGGCGUCGUCGACUACAUCCGCACCUUUACGUGGGACAAGAAGGUCGAGUCCUGGGUCAAGGACUUUGGCGGCGGCGGCCGUGGCGAACCUACCAUCGUCACACCCCUCCAGUACCGCAAGCGCUUCCGCACAGCCAUGGAGCGCAUCUACUUCCCUGCCGUGCCCGACCGCUGGUCGGCCGCUAGCGGCGACGACGCACCAAUGGACGAGGAAAGCGCCACGCUCCUCACCAUCUAG